ACUGAAGUCUUUAGAGUGCGUUCGAAAGCUUUAUUUUGAAAAUGAAUUUUAAAUAUUAGUUAAAUAUCCAUCCGUAAAUUUGAUACUUUCCAGCACGUUGAUCUGAAAUAGUGUGUUAUGUGAUAUCAGUGCUAAAUAUCAAGUAAAUUAUAAUCAGCAACAAAUACCCACCAUCGAAACCGAUAGGAAAUUGUGUUAUUCAAUAGUCGGUUUUACGGUUUACGUUAAUAUUUCAUCAAAAUGAUCUCGUAAUUUAAUUUCUGAUUCUGGGAAUUCAAACAAUCCGCUAUGCUACAGAGACGAGUAUUAUUAUCUUUAACAUUGCAGCUGUGCAUCCGUUCGGUACUAGGAUUGGGAUGGAUUUCACCACAAGCUGUUAUUUAUCGACUGGUGAAUCAAUCCUACGAAAUAAGUUGUACACUGAAUCGCUCAGAUCCAGAGACCGAAAAAUUCAACAGCAAUGAUCUUAUGUUUUACAUCAAAGAUACACCAGUGCCACAAGAAUAUGUGCAGAUAGUAAAUGAAACUACUAUACAGCUAAGUGUCCAUAAUGCGUCGGUAAAUUACCUUCAAUAUAUAUGUAAGCUGAACCAUACAAAAGGUGUUGAUAUGCGGAGUGUUUUUAUUGGAUAUAAGCCGUACAAUGUCACCAAUUUCAAAUGUCGCUCUGAAAAUUGGCAGAAAAUGAAUUGCUCAUUUGAGCAACCAUACAAUCCGAUACCUACCCAAUAUGAUCUGAGUUUCAGCUUCGACCGUGACCGUGACUACGUAGAAUACAGUUGCCCAUUGGAAGGUCAAUUCAAUAACACGUGGAAAUGUUCUAUAGAUCUAGACUCGUCCUAUCGACAAUCGCACGAGUUAUAUUAUUUCGUACUGGUGUCAAAUAACACUUUCGGCAUAAACAAAGAAAACUAUACCAUCAACAACUUCGAUAACGUCAUACCAGAAGCACCCUUGGAGUGCCAGGCCACAAAUAUCACAUCCAGCAGUGCGAUUCUGCAUUGGGCUAUAUCUUACAAACUGCAAACAUUCAAACGUAAAUUCAUUUUCCAAAUCAAAAUCUUAUCUAGUUUUGAUCACGCAGUCUGGAAACCGAUCAACACAAGCAAAAUUUCGACGUCAUUGACUAGCUACGAGCUACCUGUCGAGAAUCUUGAGUUUGCCGAUACCACUUACGACGUGAGAAUCAGGAUGAAAACGGAAAGUGCUGAAAAUAUCGAAGAAAUGUGGUCAAAUUACACUAGUUGUUUGUUUACGACAUUGCCUAGGAGGCCCGAUAACCCACCGGAAGUGGUCAUCGGAGGAUUUGAAAUCAACGUGUACAACGACAUAUUCGUUUAUUGGCGAGAAAUUCCAAGAAGUAAACACAACUCGGCAACUGGAUUUCGAUACAAAAUAACAGAAAUCACUAGAAAUGGAUUUCCCAUCAGCAACGUCACUGAAGGACGUAAUGGAAGCUCUAUGGUUCAAUUCAGGAAUAUGACUGAUGGCAACUAUACGUUCACCAUACGAAGUUCUAAUAGCGAAGGCGAUUCGUUGGACUCUAGUAAACUCUUCAUACCAAGUAGGCAGCAUCGGGCACCCAAACCAGAGAUAACCAAACUUUUGUCAGAUGCAGGCAAAUACCUUCUGUCGUGGAAGCCAGUCACAGAGCAUGCAACCAGAGUUACUUCGUAUACAGUAUUUUGGUGCAAUUCAAGCAGCAAUUCUCCUAAUGAUUGCAAUGGCUCUAUUAACUUUGAUAAAAUCGGUGGUACCAGAAAUAGCUAUGAACUAAAUAAUGUGAGUUCUACGCUCAAUUUCGCCGUCGCAGCAAAUUUCGGUGAAUUGUCAUCUGGAAUGGUAUGGGCCUCGUGUACGGCCACUCAAAAAAAUGAUAUUGGGAAAUUGAAGACUAUUUGGAUUCCUGCCAUGCAGUCUACCUAUAUUGAUCUGGAAUGGAAAUUGGAAUGUGGAGAUAAUGCAAUUGUCGAGGGUUACAGCAUAAUCUAUUGUCCGAUCAGUUCCCCUCGUAAUCAGAGCUGUAAGGUUCCAGAAGAAUCUCUCAAUAUAACCGGAACUACAUCACACAGAAUAAGCAGCUUGAAACCAUACGUCACCUACAAGAUUCAAAUAGCUAUGUAUUCAAAAACUCGAAUUGGUCCGAGGAGUGACCCACUGUUAAACACAACACUGGAAGCUGCACCAUCUCCGCCACGAAAUUUGAUGUAUAAAGAAGUACGAAAUGACUCGGUAACACUGCAUUGGGAUCCACCGCGUCAAAUAAAUGGCGGUAAAAUGAACUACGAAGUGUGGUAUAACCAUUUGCAUACAAAGGUUUACACUGAAAACUAUACCGAUGAUGUGACGUACACCUUGCGUAAUCUUGAGUCAUUUACGAAUUACAAAAUCAUUGUCCGAGCUUAUACAAUAGGAUAUUCCAAUAACUCCAAUUCAGUGGACGUAACAACCGAGAUUGGAACACCUGGCAUUAUUCAGCAACCUGGAUCUAUGGAUUCAAAUAGUACACGAUUAUCUUUACUAUGGCAACCGCCAGAACGAAAAGCAGGAUGCAUAGAAUAUUAUGAGCUCAAGAUAAAAACAAAUACGCAAACUGAAGAUGCAGCUAUAAUCACACGCGUGCAGGGCACCAGGUGUAGUUUAAAACGCUCUAUCUGUCAAUUGGGAUCAGGAGAUUCCAAUCGGACCGACAAGUAUGAGUUCUCUGUUCGCGCCGUGAAUGUCAUCUUGAGUCCCCAUGCGCCUAACUAUACAGAAUGGAACAAACUAGCUUGCGAUCAAAAGUAUACGUAUUACUCAAAGCAUGGAGUGCCUAAUACAUACAAUUACCACGCAUACCCCAGUGGGGUAGAAUGUGAGCUUAAUGGGCAUAGAGAACCUUUUAUAGACUGGAUAAAAAUAGAUCAGUUUGCCACUAUACUUCACGGCGAAUGGUCUAAACCGUUAACGCAUUGGUGUAACUACGGUCCCGGCAACACAAAGGCUAUAAUUUUCCUAACACUCGUUACAUUUUUUGGAAUCAUUAGCCUUGUGAUAUGCACAUACAUGAGCUUGAAGAAAAUGAAACAAAUUAAAAACAUCAAAGUCGUUUUACCAGACGCAUUGAAUGACAUUGUUAUAUCGGAAAAAUCGGAAGCUUUCAAAGAUCACGGAGGUUUUGGUGGCAAUGAUAACUUAAAUGAGCUUUUGGGAAAAGCGGCAGACGACACUCUGCUUCCUUAUUCCCCACAUCAUCGACAUAUCGAGAACAAUCUGCACGCUCUGGAUGAUUCUACUAGCAUUGGCUCAACUGAGGAGAACCUGGACCAUGAGGACGGUGCAGCACAUGACGUAGAUUUAUUAUCGUUAUCAGAUGAUUACAAAACUCAAUACAACUUACCUGCAGAACUUGACUUGUGCCAGCCAGUACUAUCAACCAGCGCUGGUGCAUUGGAUAUGAAGACAAAUGUAAAUAAAGAUAAUGUUUUAAGUUUGCCGUCAACAGGAUACGUUCUAGCACCUGUAGCGAAGCCAAGCACAAAUGGAUAUGUUCAAGCACCCUUAGCAAAGCCUGCAACGUCCAAUUAUAUGCAGCCAAGUGCAUUUACAGCAAUGAGAAAUCCGAGCCUUUCAAAAACAUCGAUUAUUGUGUCUACAGAUGCCGAUGGAAUUUCUGGAUAUGUUACACACAAACAACUCUCUGAUUAUGGGCUAAAAAUGCAGUAAAUUAUGUCAAUGUUUGAUCUAAGUCUGUCAAAAUGUAGUGAACAAUAUAUUGUUGUGCCGCUG